AUGGAAAAUAAGGAACUCAAAAAAUUGAACUAUCUCUCUCUCGUCUCCAAUGUCUGUAACGAAUUAGAGACGCAUCUUAUAAGAGAUGCCCCAAAGGUGUUGGCCGAGUUCAUCAUCCAUCUUGGUCGUCACUCUGAGACUGUCGAUGACUUCGAUAAGAAGCUCAAGGAGGAAGACGUCACAGAGAUUCCGGAUUAUUUCCUUCGCUCGCUGUUAACUGUUAUCCACGGUAUUUACCCUCCGAAACCUAAACCUAAGUCUGAGAAGAAGAAGAAGAAGAAGAAGAAGAAGAGAGAGGAUGUAGAAGAUGGAGAUAAAGGAAGUUUCAAAGCUUUGGCUAUUAAAGAUACUAAGGAUAAAGUUAAAGAGCUUGAGAAAGAGAUGGAAAGAGAAGCGAGACAGAGACAAAGAGAGGAGAAUCGAAAUAAGAGUUGGGAUCGAGAAAGAAGAAGAAGAGGUAAGAGAAUGAGCUCACCUGAGAGAUGGGAAGUGAAGCAGUUGAUUGCCUCUGGUGUCUUGAGAAUGGAGGAGUUUCCAAAUUACGACGAGGAGGAAGGAGAUGGGAUGGUUUAUCAAGAGGAAGAAGAAGAAGAAGUUGAGAUUGAGAUGAAUGAAGAAGAACCUUCUUUCUUAAAGGGCCAAAGCAGGUACAGUACUGUUGACAUGUCUCCAGUGAAGAUCUUCAAGAAUCCAGAAGGAUCAUUGAGCCGAGCAGCUGCAUUGCAGUCUGCACUCACAAAGGAGAGGAGAGAAACGAGGGAGCAGCAGCAAAGAACAAUGGUUGACUCAAUCCCCAAGGAUCUGAAUCGUCCUUGGGAAGAUCCAAUGCCUGAAACUGGUGAAAGGCAUCUUGCUCAUGAGCUUAAGGGUUUAGGUUUAUCAGCUUACGACAUACCUGAAUGGAAGAAGGAUGCUUUUGGAAAAACUCCAACUUUUGGUCAAAGAUCAAAGCUUUCUUCAAUCCAGGAGCAAAGGAAGAGCCUUCCUAUAUACAAGUUGAAAAAAGAGCUGAUACAAGCUGUGCAAGAUAAUCAAGUUUUGGUAGUCAUUGGUGAGACUGGCUCUGGGAAGACAACACAGGUGACUCAGUAUCUCGCUGAAGCAGGUUAUACAACAAAAGGAAAGAUUGGUUGUACUCAACCUCGGAGAGUUGCAGCGAUGUCUGUAGCCAAGAGAGUAGCUGAGGAGUUUGGUUGCCGUUUAGGAGAAGAGGUAGGGUAUGCGAUUCGGUUUGAGGAUUGUACUGGACCAGAUACUGUGAUCAAGUACAUGACUGAUGGUAUGCUUCUUAGAGAGAUUCUGAUAGACGAAAACCUCUCUCAAUACUCUGUUGUCAUGCUUGAUGAAGCUCACGAGCGGACAAUACACACUGAUGUUCUGUUUGGUCUUCUAAAGAAGCUGUUGAAACGUAGAACCGACCUUCGUCUGAUAGUCACGUCAGCUACAUUGGAUGCUGAGAAAUUCUCUGGCUAUUUCUUCAACUGCAACAUCUUCACAAUCCCUGGAAGAACCUUCCCUGUUGAGAUACUGUAUACAACACAGCCAGAGUCUGAUUACUUGGAUGCAGCUCUUAUCAUAGUCCUUCAAAUUCACUUGACUGAGCCGGAAGGUGACAUUCUCCUCUUUUUAACAGGACAGGAAGAAAUCGAUUAUGCAUGUCAGUCACUGUACGAGAGAAUGCAAGCCCUAGGUAAAAAUGUACCUAAACUCAACAUACUUCCAGUUUACAGUGCCCUUCCUAGUGAAAUGCAGUCUAGGAUAUUUGAUCCUUCAUCUCCUGGUACACGGAAAGUGGUUGUAGCCACAAAUAUUGCAGAAGCUUCUUUGACAAUAGAUGGGAUAUAUUAUGUUGUUGAUCCUGGUUUUGCAAAGCAGAACGUGUAUAACCCAAAGCAAAGGUUAGAAUCUCUAGUCAUAACUCCAAUCUCACAGGCAUCAGCAAAGCAAAGAGCUGGACGUGCUGGUCGUACUGGUCCAGGUAAAUGUUACCGUCUCUACACGAAGAGCGCAUAUAGUAACGAGAUGCUUCCUACAUCAACCCCUGAAAUACAAAGGAUUGAUCUUGGAAUGACAACGCUUACCAUGAAAGCAAUGGGCAUCAACGACUUGCUAUCGUUUGAUUUCAUGGAUCCACCAAAACCACAGGCUUUGAUAUCUGCCAUGGAACAGUUGUAUAGCUUGGGGGCUUUGGAUGAGGAAGGGUUGUUGACAAAGCUAGGUAGAAAAAUGGCUGAGUUUCCUCUUGAACCACCGCUCUCAAAAACAUUGCUGGCUAGUGUGGAACUCGGAUGCAGCGAUGAGAUUUUAACGGUGAUUGCUAUGAUCCAGACGGGCAACAUAUUCUAUAGACCGAGGAAUAAGCAAGCUGAAGCAGACCAAAGAAGGGCAAAGUUUUUCCAGCCUGAAGGUGACCACUUUACAUUGCUAGCUGUAUAUGAAGCUUGGAAGGCCAACAACUUCUCAGGAUCAUGGUGUAUCGAAAACUUCGUACAGUCACGAUCGUUAAGACGUGCUCAAGAUGUGAGGAAACAGCUUCUCAGCAUUAUGGACAAGUUUAAACUAGAUGUGAUAAGCGCGGGAAAGAAUCUUACAAAGAUAAGCAAAGCAAUCACAGCAGGAUUCUUCUUCCAUGGAGCAAGAAAAGAUCCACAGGAAGGUUACAGGACGCUAGUGGAGAACCAACCGGUUUAUAUACAUCCGAGCGGCUCGCUGUUCCAGAGACAACCAGAUUGGGUGAUAUAUCAUGAACUUGUGAUGACGACCAAAGAGUACAUGAGAGAAGUGACUGUGAUUGACUCAAAGUGGCUUGUUGAGUUAGCUCCAAGAUUCUUCAAAGUCGCUGAUCCAACCAAAAUGAGCAAGCGUAAGCGCCUGCAACGGAUUGAGCCUUUGUAUGAUCGUUAUCACGAGCCUAACUCAUGGCGUCUCAGCAAAAGACGUGCUUAA